UCGAUACAUUCACUGCUUGGUUUAGUCAGUAGCUGUUUAAAUGCAUUGAGAACUGGACGCAGAGAUCGGAUAAUAAUCGCAAUGGCAUUUUACAACUGCCAAUGGACCAGAUCAAAAUUUCUGCGGUUUUCUGAAAUUCUAUUCGCGUUGAAAGUAUUCUUAUUGCUUUUUGUGAUACACAUCUGUCACAUGCCUGCUGCUGGUCAUCCUCAGUCCGGAUUUCGUUUGGGCAGCAAUGAAUUGCGUUCAGCUCCAAGUGCAAUUGUAGUCAGACAGCUGCUGCAGCCGGGCCAGGAAUUGAUUUUUAGCAACAGUGAAAGCUCCAACAGCGUGGAGAGUUUUACGGAUGCGCCAAAUACAGGCGGCACAUAUCCGGUUUUUGUCAACAAUGUACCCGUAUAUCCUACACUACCGCCAUUUUUGCCGCGUGCCACAACUCCUUCGCCGGAAUUCUUGGCAUGUAUACAACGAUGUCCCACGACGUCCGAGUACAACCCCAUAUGCGCCAGCAAUCGUCAAAUGUAUGGCAAUGAACAGAAAUUCAAUUGUGCCAGACGCUGUGGAGCGAACAUUCAAAUUGUACGAAGAGGAUCAUGUGCAGAUCUUACAAAACCACCGAGGGCAUAAAACUCCGCAAUUCUUCUGCUUACCACGAUAAUGCUACUGGAAGAUUGAUAAGUUU